AUGGACAAAGCGUUGGUGCUUGUUACCGGAGCCUCCGGCUAUCUAGGCGCUCAUUGUGUGAAAGUUCUUCUCGGCAGGGGAUAUCGAGUUCGGGGAACGGUUCGAUCACUCAAAAACGCACUUAAGGUGGAACCGGUGAAGAAGCUUGAUCCGAGUGGAAAACUUCUCACACUCAUCGAGGCCGAUCUCAACAAAAAGGAUGGAUGGGAAAAUGCUGUGGCUGGUUGUGAAUAUGUGCUUCAUGUGGCCUCUCCAUUUCCACUUGGUGGCACCCAAGAGACCAUUGACACGGCUAUUGCUGGCACCAAGAACGUUUUUGAGGCUUGCGCCAAGGAAACUUCAGUCAAAAAGGUCGUGCUAACGAGUAGUUUGGUCGCUGUUUCAGAGGGUCAUCGUGCUGAAACGAGACGUUUAACAGAGGAUGACUGGUCGAUUUUAGAGGGAUCGAUAGCCUACGUGAAAUCGAAGACGCUCGCUGAGAAAGCCGCUUGGGAUUUCGUGAAGGAAAAGAAACACAAGAACAAUUUUCCCCUUACCGUAAUCCUCCCCGGUGCCAUCAUGGGACCUCCACUAACCGAUGAUAAAGGAACGAGCGUUGAAUCAGCCGUGCAAAUGAUGACAAUGUCCGGUCUACCUCGAAUUACAUUUGCUUGCAUCGAUGUUCGCGAUUGUGCAACGGCACACGUCGAAGCCAUGACAAGGCCCGAGUCAGACGGAAUGAGGGUGAUCUGCUGUGAGGCCGAUCCAAUCUACCUGACCGAUAUGGCAAAACGAUUAAGCGAAGAGUUCGUCAGUCAAGGCUAUUCACCAGCAACAAAAACGAUUCCCGAUUGGAUAAUCAAGGUCGGCUCAGUGUUUAGCGGGAAACUCUCGGCGCUUGCCCCAAGACUAGGAAUGGAGACACGAUUUGAUAAUACGAGGUUACGUGAAGUGCUUGGUGUUCAUCCAAAUGAUUCCCGAGAAGCGAUGGUGGAUAUGGCUUAUGAACUAAUUGAUCGAGGAAUCAUCAAGAAAACACCGAAAUAUCGAGGAAAGCCAAAGAGUCGGAAUGGGAACACAAAUGAGAUUCAUUCAGUCAAGUUA